AUGCAUCUUAACCGCGGGCACGUCUGACAGACGACAGAAAAUUACGGUUGUCGAAUCAGCCUGCUGGACGAACAAACGGAUCUACAAAUGCUUAUUGUGUGUUCAUAUCAUAUUAAAAAUUGUUUUUUCUCGAUAAUGCCUCAAUCUUGCGCGGUUGUGAAAUGUGGAAGUAGAAGCGGCAGAGAUAAGGUUUCAUUCCACCGAUUUCCUUCUAUUUACGACAAUAGAAAAAAUAUUAAUCCUCUGUCUCAAAAGAGACGUGAAUUGUGGAUUAAGGCAAUUAGAAGAGCAGAUUUAACUACUGAGAAGUUGAAAUGGGCAACUGUAUGUUCAAAACAUUUUGUAGGAGACAGAAUUAUGGUUGAUAGAAGAAAAUUUUGUAUAAUAUGUGGAGCCUCGGACAUGGAAGUAAAGAAAUUGUUUUGUUUUCCAAGCAAUCCAAAAAAGUGUCAAUUAUGGUUGGUAAAAUUAGGUAUAAAAAGUAUAAUGAAAAGUCAUAGAAUUUGUAAUAAUCAUUUCAGCAGUGAUUCUUAUAUGGACUUGAGACUAUUGACUCUUAAAAAAGAAGCUGUGCCUAUGGCUUCGGUAAUCCCUCCAUCUCGAGGUGCACAUGUUCAACAAAAAGAUGAAGAAAAUCCAGAGAGGAUACCAAACCAACACUUGGGAUGUGUAAGCGGCACUUUAAAAAAUGAACAAUCAUUGGAUGCAAGAUGUCCUUCCAGAAAGAAAAAAACAGUGAAGGAAGAAAAAGAAGUAUUUCCAGACACUCCACCUAUUUCCGGAGUUUAUAUACAAGAGCAAAACCUUCAACAGCAAAGCAAAAUUCCCUCGCAAGAUUCAAUCAAUGAAGAAUUCAUAAAAAUUGAAUAUUUAGAAGAAUCUCAGCUCACAAAAGGUGAUUUACCAACAGAAGAAAACAUGUCUGACCAAAGUGAACUGGGUUUCUCAACAAUCUCAAUUAGCGAUGAAGAUGGAAGCUCUAUUGAGCAGUACAGUUCAAAGAGGCAGAAAUUAAAUGAGGCACGGGAACAACCUAAGAAGAGUUCAUGCGAGUUAUUUCUGUUGAGUUUGGUUCCUCAUUUAGAAUCGAUGACAGACCAUCAACAACUGUCAUUUCAAAGGCAGGUGCUACAGUUGCUGGAGAUUAUUAAAUAUCCCCAAUCAGACAGACCAUAAAGUAAACAUUUGUAGAAAAUGGAAUAACUGCGUUAAAUUUUGCAAUGCUGGUUAAAGACUAAUGAAGCACUUCUGUGAUAGUUUUUUUUUAUAUGAAUUAUAUAUUGAUAAUAAAGAUAUUUUUAUAAUUA